AUGACCUGCGUGGCCCUACCGGAACCUCCAGUUUUUGGAGGAUAUCCGGCGAGUGGAUUAGAUAGUUAUGCAGCACCGGUUGGUGGCGGUGGUGGUUCCGGAGCUCCGGCUCCACAAUAUGGACCACCGGCCCAAGCUCCAGUCGUACACAAACACGUUUACGUUCACGUACCACCUCCAGAAGCUCCAGUUUACCAACCAAGAAAAGUUUAUCCGGCUCCGGUACCUAGAAAACAUUAUAAAAUAGUUUUCAUAAAAGCUCCAACUCCACCAACUCCAACCGUACCGGAUCUUCCAGUUCCAGUACAAGAUGAACAGAAAACUCUUAUCUACGUCUUGGUGAAGAGACCAGAAGAACAACCAGAAAUUCACAUUCCAACACCAGCACCAACGAAACCUAGCAAACCGGAAAAACAAGAAGGUGGUUAUCCAGAUUCAGGUGUACCAGCAUCAUUUGCAUCAUCUGGAGGAUCUGCACCAAGCGGAAGUUACGGAGUACCAACAUCGAAUGGUUAUUAA